GACCUACCCACAGUAUAUGACGCCACAUAAAAUACGACCAAACAAACUUUUGCUUACACCUUUCUUUAGUGUAAAGAAAACAAAGAAUUUAAUUUUAAAACACAAUCAGUAAAUGAGGUCUUUCUUUGUUUUUGUUUUUUUAGCAAGGUGCUUCUUUGAUGCGUACAUCAAACAACAAUCCGCGCAAGAAUAUUGAUGCACACUAGCAGACGACCAACUGGAUAAUGGUUAGGUUGGCGGCGGGGCUGGAUAAGUGAGAGGUGUAUUGUGGACCAAGUUCAACCAUUACCUCAGUAUUUCACUGGGAAAAUGUCGAUCUCAGUAUCAUUGCCGGAAAUGGUCGAUCUUGCUUUGGGUACCCCUGAAAUGGGAGCUGUCAAUUUCAACAUCCUUCAUAAGCUUCUUCAUGCGAUGAUUGUAAAGCUUAACAUCCAAGACGCGAAAGGUUUCAUCAACGCACAUGAUCACGAAUAUCUGCAGUCGUCUGUUUUUUCAGGCACUGAUUUAACAAGUAGAUCUGGUAUAAAGAUUGCUUCAAGUAUUGAUGUUGAAUCUGAUGUGGAAAAGAAAGAUAAUGUAAAAGGUAUGGAGACAAUCAAUUUAUUGAAUGACCGUCAAAUUGUUUCCAAACUCCGUUAUUUAGAAGGUCGGAUUACACAGCUGUCACGGAGUUUGGAGGAGCUUAACUCACUACCCACAACUCAGGAUCUCAUGAACAAAAUACAGAAAACUGAGGACAUCAUCCACCCAGUGUCCGAAAUGUGGCAACUGAUGCAGCUAAAAAAGAAUAUGAUAGCAAACCAAGAAGGCAUUGAUAAGCUCAUGACAAUAACAGAGGACAUACUGAGCGAUCUUGGAAAAAUGCGUGAGGACUUUGAAGAUCCUCAGAAAAAUGAGAAUAAUAUCAGAGAACUGGAACAACAGAUGGAGGAAAUGAAGACUAUUACAACUAAAGGGCAGGAAAAUUUUGACACAUUUAAGAUUGAAAUGGAGCAGAAGAUUGAAUCACUUACAGAUGUUAUUAACGAUUGUGUUCUAUGGCAUCAACUGGAAGAAGCUCUUUUGGGCAUUAACACUCGGAUAGAUUCUCUACAAAGAGCUGCUCUACGUGCAUCAUCUACACCGGGCUCUGUGUCUCAACAGCCUUCUUCAGGAGAAAUUGGUGAACAGGAGGAAACAGAAGAAACUGAAGUGGCAUUGGUUGAAGCAGCAGUCCAAACAUCAACAGGAGGGAGGUACUCAGUGGCAACAAUGGGCUCUCGCAAAGAGUCACAAAUUUUAGGUCGUGGGCCUUCUACUUCAGUACUGGAGAUGCUGGAGAAACUUGGCGAACUCUUGACAAGCUAUGAUACACUUUCUUUCAAAGUCAGUGGUAUGGAGGAUAAAAUGAAGCUCAAAGAAGAUCAGCUAGAAAUGGAUACAAAAAACGAAUUAACAUCUAUCCAAAAUGAGCUUGCAAGAGUGAAGGACAGUAUUGUGGAAGCGCAGCGAAAUGCAUUAAAGAGCAGUGAUACUCUUAGCAGGCUGGAGCACAUGUUGCUGGAGAUGGAGGCAGAAAUUGAGAGAUUGUCCAGUACAGCACUUGAGCAGCAAGAAGCAAGCUCACAAAAGGAUACAGAGCUUGAGAACAAACUUCUGGAAUUGUUUGAACAGUGUGAUUUGUUAAAAGACCAGAAAGCAGACAAGGAAUUUGUACAAAUGGAAGUCCAUGUAAAAGCAGACAAAGAGCAGUUGGAAGGAAAGGUUAAUCACAGUGUGUUUAACUUAGCCACUGAAGAGAUCAAUAAGAUGAUUAAGGAAAUUUUGGAUCAGAUUGCUGGUAACCAAGGAGAGUGGAAGGACACAUUCACUAAACUGACCAAUGAUGUGGAUGGCAAGCUUGAUCGAAUGGAACUGACACCCCUGAAAGAUUGGCUAGAGAGGAAACUGAGAAUCCUCAACAAAAAGAUUGAGCAAGGAAAACUGGAGUGGAAUGAUGACACAGCUGCUGGCUUGCGCAGACAACUCCUGCAGCAUUAUCACUGCCUAUCCUGUGACAAACCCAUGGAUAUAAUGCCAACUGGCGCUCAGCCUUCAUUACCUGCUGGAUACCCAUUGCCUCCCACAAGAUCACCACGCCCUUACACCACUUUUGAGUUGGACCACAUCAGACAACACACUAGAAGAAUUUAUUCGGGGGCUUACAAACCUGGGUGUUAUGGUACAACAGAAAUUGUAGACUUCUAUGCAACAACAAGGCCGUGUGGUGGUGCCCAUACACUGACCUACCCACACAGGCGGAUAUCCAAAAUAACCAACAUAAGCCAGCUUUUCAGAGAUGAUGAUGGAGAAAUUGUUGCCCUUGACCAAAAAGAAAAAGAAAUGGACGUGUUGGGAGCUAAUGGUCAGAUCUACAGAGGUCGCUUAGAAGAAGCUGGACUUUUGGAAGCAAAGAUGCCUUCAAAUAAUAAAUUUUCACGCCCACAGACUUCACAGAAUGCCCGACAACGUCCAGUCUCAGCUCGAGCUCCUUCAGGUGGCCGCAACACACCUCAGGUGCGUCCACCAUCUUCUCAUCAACCCCGGCCUCAGUCAGCACUCCUCUCAAACAUGCGUAUGAAGCAGACACAAAAUGAAGAACUCUCUCAACCUGAUGACCAAACAGACAUACAUGAUGGCAAUGUGGUAGACCAGGAGAGGCGAAAUGCCUUUUAGUGAGGCAGGUGUACAUUCAAGAAUCACUGAUUACAGGAGGCAGACCUUUAACCCCUCUCAUUUUUUUAAAAACUGUCAUUGUUGCAGUUCACUAUGAAAUGUGACUGUCUAAAGGAAAUGGUAAUAAUUCAUUUGCUUUCAAGUUUCAUGCAUGAGUUUGAUUCAUAGUACUGUUAUAAUAAAUGCGGGGAACUAAAUUUUUUUCUAAAUUCUCUAAUUUCAUGUACCAUAAAGUAUUUUCAUGUUCAAGAGAAAAGUACUUUGUGCUUUACUGCUCUGCAUUAGAAGAAGUUAGAGAUCAGGUUGAAAGUAACAAUGGUGCCGGCAUAAAAUUUAGUGCAGGUGUGAUCUUAUGGGCUCAAUGUUAUUUUGCCAUAUUCAUCAUUACAUGCUAAAUAAUAGUGCUGAUGCAUUUACAUCUUUCUCAUCUUACAUUAAUUGCAUAAUGUUAGGAUUAAUAUAAUGAAGAGCUACUAGCACAUAUAUUAACUCAAUGUUGCUAAUAGUAAUGUUUUCAUUAUUUAAAUGAAUAUGGAAAAGUGCAAGAAGACCGCUAGUUUGAUGGAGGCAGGCCUAUGGACCUUGCUUCAUCGGCAGGAACACUUUUUGAACUGGAAACACAAGACGUGUGCUUUGUUUAGUCACAUUUACAGAUUCUGCCAUUCUGCCAUGAUUCUGCCAUGUGCAUUAGAGAACGUAGAUUCAUUCAUUUCUGAAUGUGAAGUUUUUGAUGUACCUUUAGGUAAAAUGCAGCAUUUUUGGCUGUUCUGUGCCUCUUUGGAAAAAUUGAUUGUAUAUAUUGGCCAUAUUCUUUACCAGUAUUAAAAAAAUCUGGUCUCCAAGUACAUUUGAUGUAUAUUGGAGUGUGCCUUUAUUAUUAUUAUUGAAGAAGAAUACAGUUGUUAUAGUAAUGUGAUUUCCCCUGUAAACUCCAAAGCAAGAGUUUGUAUAUUAUUGCCUUAUCCAGAACUGGGUGCCUAAAUGAAUAUAUGUAUUUAUAUCAUGAAAAUUUUACAGCUGUUCUUUACUGUUUUAUAAGUACUUUUGAAAAUUUCGCUGGAGAGAACAAAAUUCUUACAAUAUGAGAUAUUAAGGGGAAAUAUUUUAAGGGAAGCCCCUGUAGCCUAAUGGCAAGUGCACGCAAGGUUGGUUGGUUGCUGUGUGCAAUAGAAGGUUUGAGUUCUGCUUUGGCCUAAGCUGGUCAACUCCCUAAUCUGCCAAACAGCUGCUUAACAGAUACAAGUACUUUUUUUAUUAUCAGAGAAGGUAAAAACAGCAAGAGAAUUAGUCUUCUUGUUCUACAUGUCAUACCCUACUAAUGGCCACUAUUCCCAAAUUGCCGCUAGGUUCGAGGACUUUUUAACCCUUAGCUAUUACCUAAUUUGGUGGAGAUCAUGCAUAUUAUCUUACUUUAACCCCACUUAUCUGGAACCGAUUCUAAUUCUUUUCUCAUGCUCUAAAUACUUUCUUAGACACAGCAUGGUUGUGAAUAUGUUAUCUCUGUGGCUGUGAGGACUUUGCUAACUGCAUUGAUUAUUGCAUUGAUUAUUGCAUUGAUUAUUGCAUUGUUAGACAGCAUCUUGGACACACUAUGUCAACAGUAUAGACUCCCACAAUUACACUUUAAAAGUCAAAGAUCAGGAUGUAAAUCAUGGGCCUUUUGUAGUGUGUAUCAUUAUUUUUCACCUGUGGAAAAUGAUUUUUAACCUGUACUUGAAUAUAUCUGGCUAAUAAAUACUAAACACAUAUAACGAUAAUUUUGUAACAUCCACCAAAAAUUUUAAGUUUCAAUCAGGACAUUUGGUGAAGAAUACUUAAAUUGGUGCAUAAAAGUCAUGAAGUUCACAGCCCCUUAUAGGACAACAUGAUAAGUACUAUAUCUGCUUUUUUGCAUAUUGUUGGUUUCUUGCCUUAUUUAUAUAUAUAUUAAGCAGUAACUUCAUAUUUAUGUAAAUGAAUUGAUAUAUAUUAUAUAUAGUCUUUCAAAACUGUGAUAUUGUUAAUUUUCUUUUGUUUGUUGAAUGCUUUAAUAUAUCUGUUUUUGAUUGUAUAUGACUAAAAAUAUUUCUAAAUCUGAUGUUCAGUCACAGAAAAUGUUACAUUUCAUGAACAAUCAUAUUAAUCAUUUCAGUCUCAUUUUGACAAACCAUAAUUCACUUUAGUGAUCUCUAGAAAUAUAUAUAGCUUAAUUUAUUAUAUUUGAGAUUAAAAUUUAAAGCGUUGUUCUAUGGAGAGAUUCCAUGAGUUCAUUUUUUUUUUCAUUUACAAAAGUGCACAUAAAUUAGCAAGUCAUGAAUAUCUUUAUAGUCAAAGUAGACCCCAAUCCCCUUGCUUUAUACACAUAUAUUCAACAGUAAUAAAACCAACAUAAAAUUAUAAGUUUGUAAACUAGCUUCUUAAAUAAUAUACUACACAUUCCAUCAUCCUCUUUAAAGAAUGCUGCUUCACUUCGUUUAAUAAAGACUGGAUAUUUUA